AUGGGCUCCAAAAUUGACUCCAUGACCGCCAACGCCCUACCAGAGGAGGCCAAAGUCGGUGCGAAACGCUUCGCCGACUUUGAUCUUGGCGGCAAGAUAUUCAUCGUCACAGGCGGCGCCCAAGGCCUUGGUCUGGCAUUGGCCGAAGGACUCGUCGAAGCGGGAGGGAGAGUAUACUGCCUCGACAUGGCCCCGCCCCCCGUCGAAGGGUGGGACGAAGCCCUGUCACGCGUCCAGCCCGAGUUCGGUGGCUCCCUCGUGUACCGUCAGAUCGACAUUGGCGACACGGACAAGCUCGAGCACCUCAUUGACUCGAUAGCGCGAGAGCACCAGGGACUGCAUGGCGUCCUCGCGGCCGCCGCCUUCCAGCAGGUCACCCCGGCCGUCGAGUACACGGCCAAGGACGCCAACGCCAUGAUGAACAUCAACUACACCGGCGUCCUCAUGACGGCCACCAUCGCCGCCCGCAAGAUGACGGAGUACAGGUGUCGCGGGAGCAUCUGCAUCAUCGCCAGCAUGUCGGGCCUCGUCGCCAACAAGGGCCUCAUCUCGCCCGUCUACAACUGCUCCAAGGCCGCCCUCAUCCAGCUCGCGCGCAGCCUCGCCAUGGAGUGGACGCCGAUUCGGGAGGAUGGCACGGGCGGCAUCAGGGUGAACUGCAUCAGCCCCGGGUACAUCAUGACGCCUAUGAUCAAGGAGCAGAUGGAGGAGAAGCCCGAGCUGGUGGAGAGUUGGGCGCGCGACAACAUGAUGGGCCGGUUAGCCACGACGAGCGAGUUCAAGGGGGCUGCUCUGUUCUUGUUGAGCAACGCCAGCUCCUUCGUGACGGGCAUCCCCCGCGCCCUCACCAUGUCUAUACCCCCCAGACUCGCUCUCCUCGCCGCUGCCGUGCCGGCCGUCUACGGCGCAACGGUCAAGUCGCCCACACCCCCCAUGGGAUGGAACAGCUACAAUCACUACAACUGCCAACCCAACGAGGCCAUCAUCAAGCAGAACGCCCAGGGCCUCGUCGACCUGGGCUUCCGCGAUCUCGGUUACACCAUCGUCACCGUGGACUGCGGCUGGGCCGCCACCACACGCGACGAGCAGGACAGGCUGCAGUGGGACAAGGAGACGUUCCCCUCGGGCCCCGAGGCACUGGGCGACUUUAUCCACAGCCUGGAACUCCAGUUUGGCCUGUACUCUGGUGCUGGGUACCGGAUGUGCGGGCUUCCCGACACACCUGCGUCUCUCGGAUACGAACAAGUCGAUGCCCAGACAUUCGCAGACUGGGGGGGCGACACACUAAAAUAUGACAACUGCUAUUCCACCUCGCCCACAGAGAUGGUCGACGUCACGUCCCCCGCGUCCCAGAGCCCGGACCGCUUCAUCACAAUGGCAGAGGCCCUCAACCAGACCGACCGCCCCAUCCAGUACUUCCUCUGUCAGUGGGGCAUCGGCCAGAACGUCCCGGACUGGACCGCGCCCCUCGGCAACAGCUGGCGGAUGAGCAACGACAUCUUCAACGCCUGGCGCGCCCUCUGGCGCAUCGUCAACCAGGCCGUCCCCCACGUCCAGCACACUGGACCAGGCGCCUUUGCCGACCUCGACAUGCUCAUCAUCGGCCUGAAUGCACUGUCCGUCGAGGAGGAGCACUUUCAUUUUGGCUUCUGGUCCAUGCUCAAGUCCCCCCUCAUCAUCGGCGGCGUCCUGGUCGAGGCGGAGAUACCCGCAUCCUCCCUCGAGGUCAUGCGCAACGAGGAGGUCAUCGCCAUCAACCAGGAUCCCCUCGCCAAAGCCGCCGCGCUCGUCAUCCGCUACACCGAGGAGGAGUGGGACGUCUGGGCUGGCCCCCUCUCCGACGACCGCAUGGUGCUCGGCAUCGCCAACUGGAAGAACGAGACGCAAAACGUCGAGGUGGACUUGAGUCUCGUCGGCGUGGGCUCGGCUGCCUCGCGCGACGUGUGGGCUCACGAGAAUGGGUCCAUUGCGGGCGUGCAGGUUCUUGAGCUCAAGCCGCACGAGUUGCGUCUCCUGGUGCUGAGUGAAAUUGAGACCACCCAGAAGCCCUCGGCAGCCGCAUACUACUCGGUGGAGGAUGCUACUCUUGGCGGCCAGGCGGCCCUCGUCGACUGCGGUGCUGAUGAGUGUCUGCCCAACCAUGUGAAAGUCGGCUCCAUCACCGCCGACGCCAACGUCACUUUUGAGGGCGUUUCUUCUGCGCACGACGGUGAAGUCUUUGUCGGCAUUGACUUUAUCAACUACGAGUACACACAUACCAUUGGUGACUGGGCCACCAACACGCGCAACAUGUCGGUCGCCGUCAACGACAACGAGGCCAAGCGCUGGGCGUUCCCUCUCGCGGGCGGCGACUGGUACGAGACGGGCCGCCUGAUGGUGGCCCUGGACGGCUUUGUCGCUGGGGACGAGAACACUGUUGUCUUUAGUGGCUUUGACGACGGUCACUGGGCCCCGGACCUGGUAGGCAUGGAGGUCUUUGAAUAA